GUGGUCCUACCCGCUCAGGAGUCCCGUCAGAUAAAACCCAUCCCAGAGGAGAAUGGCUACCUAUGCCCUGCAAAUCGCCGGACUGGUGCUUGGUGGCGUUGGAAUGGUGGGCACGGUGGCUGUCACAGUCAUGCCUCAGUGGAGAGUGUCUGCCUUCAUUGGGAGCAACAUUGUGGUUUUUGAAAACCUCUGGGAAGGACUGUGGAUGAAUUGCAUGAGGCACGCUAACAUCAGAAUGCAGUGCAAAAUCUACGAUUCCCUGCUGGCUCUCUCUCCGGACCUACAGGCAUCCAGAGGACUGAUGUGUGCUGCCUGUGUGCUGUCCUUCCUGGCUUUCAUGACGGCAGUCCUUGGCAUGAAGUGCACGAGAUGCACCGGGGACGACGAGAAGGUGAAGGGUUACAUCCUACUAACGGCUGGAGUGGUCUUCAUCGCCACUGGCCUCGUGGUGCUAAUCCCUGUGAGCUGGGUUGCCAAUUCCAUCAUCAGAGACUUCUACAACCCAAUAGUGGAUAUUGCCCAGAAACGUGAGCUGGGAGAAGCCCUCUACAUAGGCUGGACCACGGCGCUGGUGCUGAUCGCUGGAGGGGCACUGUUCUGUUGUGUUUCUUGUUGCAGUGAAAAGGGCAGUAGCUACAGAUAUUCCAUACCUUCCCAUCGAACGACCCAGAAAAGCUAUCACAUGGAAAAGAAGUCACCGAGUGUGUACUCCAAAAGUCAGUAUGUGUAGUUGUGUAUGUUUUUAAACUACCUAUAAAG